GCCUUUAAAAGAUCGAUAUUCCUUCUUUUAUAUACGCUCCUUAUAUCUACAUAUAUACAUACCCGCGCUGCAGAUCGAAGGAUUCGUGUGGCAUUUAAUUUUACCACCGAAUAAGCAGCCAUAACGUGAGCGAGGAAUUGAGGUCCCCGAAUGAACAUUGAACAGUCGCGUCGGCAGCCGGUCGGGAGGAUGAGAAAGGUGAAGUCAGAGAGGUGCGAUUUCCGUCAGCUUGGUGUAUAAUCUCCGUCGAUUUUUCCCGUUCCGACGAAUCCCGGGGAAGCGGUGCGCGCACGGCAUGAACGCGCCGCGGACGAUCCAGCGGCUUCGCCCGAGCUGCUCGUUGUGGUAAAGCUCCCCUCACGCACCGCGCUCCGUUCGAGGUGCGAGAAGCGAUGACGCGACGGCGAUGAUCUUUCGCCGAUCGUCCCGGGGUGUUUAAUUGGUUCGCGUAAAGUUUGAACCGGAGGACCGAAUUUCGCGGAGAGACCGCCGGCUUCUCGCGCGAAGGAUGCCUCUGGCGUGCCGCAUGUUCUCGAACGUUCAGUGAGUUGAUAUAACAACCUCGGAACGACGAUUUCGCACGCGCCGCCGAUGUUCCAGUCGCACGUCCCCUCAGGAUGGUUUUGAGUCGCAACGACAAGCGAAAGAGGAAGGAGGGAGACCUGGUGGAUCUCAUGGAGCCACUCUCGGAAUCUCCGAAAAGGACCAAAGUUCACGCACAGAGAAAGUUUGCGCAGGGUGCGACCACGGUGUUCAAUACGUCGCCUACGCCCGUGAAGGACAAGGAGAAGGCCAAACCUGCCACGAUCACAGAAUUAAUAACGCACAAACGUCCAAACACGGAGGAUUUUUUAACAUUUUUAUGCUUCAGAGGAACAUCUAUUUUGCCGCCGAGUUUAAAUUUUUUCAAUAUCGACACUAAGAAAGAGAAACCAGCAUCCAAGCCAGCUCGAACUUCUAUAGAGAAAACAUUGCCCCCAAUCAAUACUGUCGUAGAGAUCCAGAAGCCAGAGAAUACAUGCCAGAAAAAUGUGACGAAAGUAAAGCCUGUUGUUGCGAGUAAGAAGAAAGAGACUGGUACGUUACACAAGAGCAUUACCAAGCUUAAAACGGCUACGUCUACGGUUCAAGCGCUCAAAAAGAAGUACCAGGAGCAACGGCUGGCCAAGCAAAGGAUCAAAAAUAAAUUCAAAACCACUUGCGUUAUGAGGACGAGGUCGUGUACGGAGAGAGCUAUGUUGAAGGCCGGUCUUCAGUUGGCGCCGCGAAAGUCCUUCUUGCCUAGAAUCAAGACGAAGCGACACGGCCUGAGAAGCGGCGUGCUGCCGGACAAGGCCAGUAAGACGGAUAAACCACCGCUCCCGAGGGCGAAAGUCGCGUUACCGAAACCAAAGAAGAGAGCCAACGUAAAGUCGAAAAGUAGCGAUAUAUCAAAUACAGACGCGUCGUCCGCCGAGGACAACGAGGAUGUCGAGGACGACAGGGCGGAGGAGUCGCAUGUGGAGAAAUCGACGUCGCAGAUAAAGCGCAACGUACAGAGGGGCAUCCAGAAGAAGGUCUGCACCCGAAGCAAGUCGGAGAUGAGGAGAGUCACGAGAUCGACCAGUGGCACGGUCUCGUCGCAGGGCCUCUCCAGGCGGCCCACCAGAAAGACGAAGGAAGCGGCCGCCGUGUACAUGGAGAUUCUCGGCAGGAAAUUGGUCAGCCCGGAUUUGGACAACGACGAUAACAUUUCGAUCGAGAGCUUCCCCGAACUGCCGAACGCUCGUAGAAUGGCGCAAACGGAGAACGAGCUUAAAGCCAAGGCGAAGCAGAGUAGCGCCAAGCCUGUUGCCAAGACUAAGGAUUCGAAAGUCGGCUCGUUCAACGGCAGCGUUAGCAAGCGAUUGGACAAGAGCAAAAAUAACAAGCUGAUUUUAAAGAGCAAACGUCUGCUGAGGGUGCAGAGGUACUGCGAGGAGGAGAGCGACGAGGAAUCGGAGAGCUCGGUAGAAACGAACAACACGAGACCGAUCACCAGACAGAGUCUCGGAAAGAAUGACAAACAGCCGAUCAGCAGGAGCCUCAGGUCGUCCUCCAAAAAUCCAGCUGUACAAACGGAAACGCCGUGCAACGCGAGUGGCAAACCACCGAAGGCCCAGAUUCCGAGUUCCGCGAAAUCAACUAGGGAGAAAUUCAUGAUGAAACGUAAACGCGAGCAAAAUAUAACUAAUAAAGCGUCGUCGGAUAACAAGACCAAGCAGAAGAGCCUUAAGAGUAAUCAAAACGAGAAGGCGGAGUCGGAGGAAGAGACGUUGGGAAUGCUGCUCAGUAAGAUAAAGAAGAAGAAAGACGACGGGCAGGAGGAGGAGGUGGAGGGGCAGAUCCCUGUCAAUGCCAGUAAUACGAAAGACGGAAUGGUAACUCGCGGCAGCGCGCAAAACGCGAAGGCGGAUCUGUCGAAGAUCGGGUCGGACGACGAAGAAUUUCGCGGGUUCACCAAGAAGGCGAUAUCGAAAGUUUUGAAUUCGUGUCAGACGCAUGCCAAUGUUAAUUUGCUAGUCACCGAGCCCGAAAGUGGAAAGUUGAAUUUGCCGAAGACCCCGGAAGACUCAUCGAAAACGGCGGAUCAGAGCGACGCCACUCUACGGGAAAUCAAAGUGGAAACGUCCCCGGUGAAAGCCGAUUCGCCGGUUGCGAAUUCGCUGAACGACGAAUGCAGCGUGUCUGUGCAGGAUAAGAAACCGGCGUUGGAUUUGCUCGUCAAGACGCAAAGCUCGGUGGAACAGACGAUGAGCAAGAAGACGUGCAAUCACGAGAAUAACGAGGUGUCGAAUCUCAUGCCGCUGUCUACUCUGCACACGAGGAAGGAACGCGUGAACAUGUCGACCGAGCAGAUAGAGAAGUGGUUGAACGAAAGCUCGUUCGCCAAGGAGGAGAGCAAGCUGGAGAUGGAGAACGUCUCCAGCUUCAGAUACGAUUCGACGGAGAAGCUGAAGACGGACGUCUCGCAUCUGUCCAUUUCGACGAAGAUCCAACAUUUGGUGCGUCCGGUCAACGUCACGCUUUCGAAAUUAUCGGACAAGAUGAAUCUGAAGCUCCGGGGGCUACCCAGCAGAAACGUGAUACCGGUCACGCCCGAAGCGCACAAUACCGAAGUGAAGCGGCAGAGUGCGAGCGUCGACAAGAGUAAGAUCGCUACCGAGGCGAGGGAGACUGUCAAGAUUAAAACUGAGAGGACGAACAGGGAUACCUCGCUUACCGAGGACACCAGCGACACCGUGUCCAAAUCGGAUCAGAACUCGGUGGACGGUUCGGAGAAGAAGUCGCCGUCGGAGAAGAAGAUAUUUCAGCCGCGGAAGCCGUUUUUGCCCAAGGUCAAGGAGCGUAAGAGCGUGGUGCCCAACGCGAACGCGUUUUCGCCGGAGAACGAGAGCAGCGUUUACGCGUUUGAGAGCGAGGCCGAGGCUCCGGUUAGCACGCCUUUCCGGAGGAAGACGGUCAGGUCGGAUAACGCGAAACGUUCGACCGCAACGUCUACAGCGGCUGCAACCGAAACCAAAGCUGAGGCUAAUAAAUCGAGUUCGAAGGAGUCCGAGCCGUUGGAUAGCAAGGAAAAAUCGUCGGACGAUCCCGCGACGCCUGUGAAGGAGCAGCAAGAGACGACGCAAGGACCGGUGAACGUGGCGAACGCAGCUCCGGGCGUGAGCAAGUUCGAGCUGCCCAAGAACUUCGCGAACCUGACCAGUGUCCAGGUGCUGCCGCUCGACAAGCUCACGACGAGCUGGAGCAACGUAAAUUGCAGCGCCUCCAUAGCGGUGCAGGUGAAUCUCGACGAGACCGCGACCGCGCAGGAGCGGGAGAGCAACAGCGCGAGCGAGCAGAGGAGCACCGAGAUAUCCACGCAGACCGAGGCGAGCAACGAGAACGACGACGACAACAACGACGGGCAGCUGUUUUACAUUCCGCUGCAAUCCGUCACGAGGAGCGGCUCGAAUCUGGUGCAGGGCGUGGCGUUUAAACUCGACACGGAGGGUCCCAAUCAACGAUUGUUCCUUCACGCCAAGUUGGUCCCUUUAACCAAGCCACCGCUGUCCGUGGCACGGUGUCCGCCGAUAGGCACGGUACAACCGACGACGCGUACCCCGCCCAAUCCUACGGCGAACCUCACGGUGGAACAGCAGGUGCCGUCGACGUCGACGACCGCGACUGUGUCGACCACGGUAGCGAGUAAAUCGAGCGCGGAGACGCAGCCGACGUCGCUGGUGAAAAAUCACGAAGUCUCGGCGCCAAGUCCGACUCGUCAAAAUGCCAGUUCAACGAGCGCAAUUAGCAGUUUGGAGAAACUCACAAAGUCACCGAAGUCAUCGAGGGAAAGAAAAGCCUCUGUAGACUCGACAAAAUGCGGGAAGAGGGCGCAAAUGAAGUGCAAACAAAAGGGAUCGGAGCUAAGCUCUUCAAGCACGACGUCUUUAGGCGCGAAAGAAGCUCGCGUAGUCGAGGCGCCAACGUUUUAUCCGUCGGAGAAAGAUUUCCAGGAUCCGUUGGAGUAUAUAGAUAAAAUAAGGCCAGUCGCGGAAAAAUUUGGAAUAUGCAGAGUGGUGCCUCCACCAAAUUUCAAGCCAGAAUGCAAGGUGUCCGAUGACAUGAGAUUUACCGCUUACAAUCAAUACGUACAUCGCAUGCUCCACAGGUGGGGACCUAAUGUAAAAGAAAUGAUGGCUAUCAAGAAAUAUUUAGCUACUCAGAGCAUUACUUUGACUCAACCUCCAUGGAUUGGCGGGAUGGAGGUAGAUUUACCUCAUUUAUAUCAAACGGUUCAAAGCUUGGGUGGAUUGAAAGAAGUUAUUGAAAAGAAGAAGUGGCAAAAAGUAGCGGAUGGCAUGAAGAUACCGAGAUCGGCACAGGAUCGCGUUACUAAACUAGAUGAUAUUUAUUGUAAAUAUUUACUGCCAUACGACACAUUGUCCCCAGAGGAACGUGGGAAACUGUUUGACGAGGUUGAAGCUGAAUGGAUGAGAAAAGAAAGCAACGCCUUGCAAAGAGAAGAAGCGUCACCCAAUGAUAAUGAUGACGAAGAAGAUGAGGAUAGUUCUGAUGAAAUUGAAGAAUGCAUUGUGAAAGGAAGAAACAUGCCACUGAAUGCUUUUUACCGAAUUGCUCGUAAUACGCAACGCAUGUGGUUCGGCGAUCAACGAGGAAAUGAAACCGAGGGUGCAUUGGCGGAUGAGGUGGAGAGUGCAUUCUGGAAACAUGUUGCCGAGAGAAAACGUCACGUCUGCGUACAUGCGGCAAGCAUUGAUUCGAGCGGUCGUGGAUUUGGAUUUUCCGUUGCGAAAAACAGCCCGUUCGCUAGACAUCCUUGGAAUCUUAAAGUUCUCACUAACAAUGCUGGAUCAGUAUUGAGAGCUUUGGGUCCGCUAAUGGGUGUGACCGUACCGACGUUGCAUGUGGGUAUGUUAUUUAGCGCUUGUUGCUGGUAUCGCGAUCCGCACGGUCUACCAUGGAUAGAGUAUCUACAUACAGGUGCCAAAAAGAUUUGGUAUGGGAUACCUGACGAGCAUAAUAACAAUUUCCGCGAAGCGCUCUCUAAAAUGGUACCACGGUAUUGCAAAAAUAAGACUAUAUGGUUACCUUCCGACACUGCCAUGGUUCCGCCGGAACUGUUAGUGAGCAACGGCGUACCGUUAUGCCAGAUCGUGCAAGAGCCGAGACAGUUUAUAAUAGUAUUUCCAAAAGCGUUCACGUCGAGCAUAUGUACCGGUUACGUCGUAUCCGAGAGCGUAUAUUUCGCACAACCAUCCUGGCUGGAAACCGCGGAACAAGUAUUUAAGGAUAUACAAGACAGUUGCGAACCUUCUAUCUUUUCAUUCGAGAGAUUGUUAUUUAAUAUUAUUAAUGACACGAGAUCUCACGUAGACAUAUUGAGACAGAUAUUGCCGAGUGUAAUAAAGAUCCGCGAGAAGGAAUUGGAUUAUCGUAAACAGCUCGAAAGUGUGGGCCUUACCAAUAGAGAAAGAUUGCCUCUACCGGACAGUGGAAAAGGGAAGAAAGGGAAAAAGGUGACGGAGGAUGAUGGCGACUUUGAAUGUGAGACGUGCAGAUACAAUUUGUUCGUGUCCUUGGUGAACAAUUCGCAAGACGACAGCGUUUACUGUUUGCCACAUGCCUUGCAUUUAAUCAAUUCUAAGAAGCAGGUCCUGAAACAUUGUACUCUCAUGUACACGUACGACGAAGACGAAUUAGAUGAAUUGAUUCACAAACUGGAAUACAGAAUCGAAGAAUCUAAAAAAACCAAAUCUAAGAAAACUAAUCAAAUAAAAACAAAAUUAUAAAUAAAUCUGUUAUUUUAUUUAUAAAAAGAUAAAAGUGAUUGUUAUUUAUUAAUCAAUAUUAGAAUAAGCAUUGCGUAACUAGGAAAUCCGAUCGCAUUGUGUCUCGCUUAUUACAAUAGGAACUGAUUUAUAAAUUAUUUAACGCAUAAAAUAGGAUGAAGAUGAUUAUGGAUUAUAGCAAGUAAGUUUUACGUAUGAUUUGGUUCUGAACUCUUUCAAAACGGUUGUGAUGUAUAAAAUAUGUCAAAUUAGGUGAUUUCGCGAUACUUGUCUUUAGAGAGUUAAACAAUAAAAAUAUUCGUAUAUUCUA